GAGCGGACGGCCGACUACAAGUAUUCCGCCCACAGUCCGGAUUACAGCAACGCCCCGACUGCGAGCGACUCUCUCUGCUGAAGAGAGCCAUGCCCCGCCCGAUUCAAUGAUGAUGCGACGCGGACUAUGGCAGCAGAAGCGCCCGUCUGCGUGCCUGCUCUGCCGCUACAGCGGCGGUGGCUACGGUUCUUACAUCCGCCCGCUCCAUCGACCGUCGAGCUCAGGUGACAACGUAACAGUACCUGGUGCGCUGCCGGGGAGGGCCUUGCCGGCUUUCGCCCGUUCGACUCGAUUGUACUCCGUUGCGGCAGCCGCGCCGAGGCAUGGAGGACUGCGCAGCACCGUGAGCCCGCGCAAACCCACCGGCGCGUGGGCCUCAGCAGAGUCGGCAGAGCCAAGGACAUUGCAACGACCGUUCUCGACCGGUAACUUACCGAGCUGGGCUACACAACCGGUGCGGCCGGCUGCGAGCAGUGACGGCUUGCUCCCGCAUGAGCGCGCCGCAAGGGAGAAGGCCUUGGCCAGCACGCGGCCGCAUCCCGCGUCCGCUGGAAAGGUAGCCCAGGCCGCGCCCGACCAAACCGCGCCCGAGCAGGCCGCGCCCGAGCAGGCCGCGCCCGAGCAAGCCGCGCCCGGGCGGGUCAACGGUCGCGAGGCUGCUCCUCGGCCGGCCAAGCAAGCCGGGACAGCACCAGCACCCAAGACCCCAGCACCCAAGACCCGCGCGCCCGCUUGGGCGUCCGCUGCACCGUCGUGGUCCAAUGCCCCAUCGUGGACAGGCGGCGCCCCACCCGCUGCGGCCGAUCCAGGCUCAGUGAACGAGCAGCAGCGAACGGACCCGCUGGCAUCCCUUCUUCCGCAUGAACGCGCUGCGAGGGCCGCUGCCCGCUCGAAGCCCCAACCUCAACCUCAACCUCAACCUCAAAAACAAUCUCCCCGUGGCCCGCUGGAUGAUCUCGUUUCCUUCGAGGACGUGACUUCGGCGCGCGCUGCCCCACCGGGCGGCCGAUCCCGGCCCUUGCAAACGAACGGGGGUUUCCGCUGGCUGCCAGGCUCCCUUGCGCAAAAGCAGGAAGACGAGGGCGAGUGGAAGAACCUCACCCGGCGUGAGCGGAAGGCCCCCUUGCCAUUUGAGCCGUUCAAAAUGGCUGAUUCCCCGCGCCCGCAAACCACGUCGAGGCCGCAGCGGGGCAGCCGAAAUAGUCGGCCCGACCCAUUCGGGGGCUUGGAGCGAGGUGCGGCUGGUGGCCAGGCGGCGGCUUGGGCGGGUUCCAACACCGACGCAGACCCAUGGAAGCUCGUGGAAAAGAGUGUUGCGAGACAGGAAAUGCUCGCAGAGAAGGCGGCCAAAGAUACCUUUAAGAGCAAUUGGGACUGGGCAGACAAGUACGAACAAGAGGUCAGACAGCCCAGAACACCGAGAGGGGCGAGGGAUACGCCGCUACCGUUCGAGCCAAUCAAGCCAGCGCGUGCUCCCGGUGCUAUUGAAUAUGAUCGUGAGGACGAGGAGAGGCGUGAACGGUACGGCCGCGGCGAAGAGAGGAGCGAGCGCUACGGCCGCGGCGAUCGGUACGGCCGCGAAGAGCGUGUGGAGCGGCGGGAAAAGCCCAAGAAGUCCAAGCGUCGACAGAGGGAAUUGGAUGAGGAUGACGACGACUGGGAUGAAGACUACGAGGAACGGCGGCAGCGGAGGGCCGAGAGGGAGAGGCGGAAAUUGGCCGAGGCCGAGGCCGAGGCAGGCCCAACGCCCAUCUUCCUACCCGAAUAUAUUAGCGUGUCGAAUCUGGCUCUGGCCUUGGGCGUGAAGGUUGACGUCUUCGUUUCGCAGCUGGAGGAACUCGGCUUUGAGGACGUCAGCAAGGACAACAUCCUCACGGGCGAGACAGCAGCGCUGGUGGCCCAGGAGUACGGCUUCGAGCCGACGGUCGACACCGGCGAGGGCGAGGACCUCAAGCCGGCGCCCCCCCCUGCGGACCCCUCCUCGUUGCCACUUCGGCCGCCCGUUGUCACCAUCAUGGGCCACGUCGAUCACGGCAAGACCACGCUACUGGAUUACCUGCGGAAGUCGUCCAUCGUCUCCCAGGAGCACGGCGGCAUCACCCAGCACAUCGGCGCCUUCUCGGUCAGUCUGUCGUCGGGCAAGCAGAUCACCUUCCUAGACACGCCCGGCCACGCCGCCUUCCUGUCGAUGCGUCAGCGCGGCGCCAACGUGACCGACAUCAUCGUCCUCGUGGUGGCCGCCGACGACGGCGUGAUGCCGCAGACCCUCGAGGCCUUGAAGCACGCCCAGAACGCCAAGGUCCCGAUUAUCGUGGCCAUCAACAAGAUCGACAAGCCCGAGGCCAACAUCGAACGCGUCAAGGCCGACCUCGCCGCGAACGGUGUCGAGAUCGAGGACUACGGUGGCGACGUGCAGGUCGUCUGCGUCAGCGGCAGGACGGGCCAGGGCAUGGCCGACCUCGAGGAGAACAUCCUGCUGCUGGCAGAACUGCUCGACAUCCGCGCCGAGACGGACGGCAUGGCCGAGGGCUGGGUGCUGGAAUCGACCAUCAAGCCGAUCGGGCGCGUUGCCACGGUGCUGGUCAAGCGCGGCACCCUCCGGCCCGGCGACUUCAUCGUGGCCGGCCGAGUCCACGCCAAGAUCCGCUCGCUUCGCAACGAGGCCGGCGUAGAAAUCGCCGAGGCACCGCCGGGCACCGCCGUGGAAGUCCUCGGAUGGAAAGAGCCCCCGGAAGCAGGCGACCAGGUCCUGCAGGCCCCCGACGAAAGCAGGGCCAAAGCCGCCGUCCGCUACCGGCAGGAACUAAAAGAGCGCGGCGAGGUCAUCAGCCAGAUGGCCCAGCAAGAGCAAGAGCGUCGGGAGCGCGAGCGCGAGCGCGAGCGUGAGAAGGCCCUGGCCGAGGAAGCCGAUCCUCGUAAUAAACGAGGCCAACGCCACCAAGGCGAGUUCCCCGAGGAACCCGCUCCCCCGGACGCGGACGAGGCUCCUCCCGCCAGCACGACCCAAUACGUCCCCUUCAUCGUCAAGGGCGACGUGCACGGGUCGGUCGAGGCGGUGACGGCGGCGCUGCUCGAGCUGGGCAACAACGAGAUCCGGGCCAAGGUGCUCGCGUCGGCGCCGGGCAUGAUCACCGAGUGGGACGUCGAGCGCGCGGCCGUGUCGGGCAGCACCAUCGUCAACUUCAACACCGAGACGCCCAGCCACAUCAAGCGGCUGGCCGCCGAGGCGCGCGUGCCCAUCCUCGACCACAACAUCAUCUACCACCUGGUCGAGGACGUGCGCGCCCGCCUCGAGGACGCCCUGCCGCCCGUCGUCGUCAAGAAGGUCGUCGGCGAGGCCGACGUCCUGCAGAUCUUCCCCAUCAACAUCAAGGGCCGCAAGUACAAGAACAUCGCCGGCUGCCGCGUGGGGAACGGUACCGUCAAGAAGGGCAGCAAGGCCCGCGUGAUUAGAGGCGGCGAGAAUAUCUUUGAGGGCAUCAUUGAAACCCUCAAGCACGUCAAGAAGGACGUGGACGAGAUGAAGAAGGGCAGCGAGUGCGGCAUGUCGUUUGCAGACUGGGAUGAGCUCCAGGUCGGAGAUCAUAUCCAGGUUCUGGAAGAGUUUACUGAGAAGAGGAAGUUGUAAGAUUAGGGGGCGAUGUGGGUUUUGUAACGUGUAUAGAUCAGGCGGGGCAUUUUAGAGUGGUCAGGUCAUGUCACGGGCUGUUCUAAAUAAAAAAAGAGAUGGGGGCGGAUGGCUUGGG